CCUAGCUCUUCCAGAGCAGCACUGGCAACACCAAGGCCAUCACAAGGCCACGGCAGUAGGAUCACUCUUCCCCCGCUCAGCCAGCAGCCUUCAGGACACCUCUUUCUCCUGGAAGCCCAGAGCGCUGCUGAAGGAGCAAGCCCAGGUGGCCCAGCCUCCACGGAGUGCAACAAGCCCUGGCCAAGCUACCCUGUGCUGCCAAGUCUGCCACAGGCUCCAGACGUGAGGGUGCACAGAUGCAACUCGGUCAUCAGUGAGUCCUCAGCAUCCGAGAGCACAGACCUGCAGCCUCCUGGACUGCAAGGGCCGCUUGUUGGGACAUCGCAGGUGGAAGGAGCGUCUCCUACCACGGAUGAUCGCCUGUGCUUGGAGACCAGCGGCAGAGAUGUAGCAGGGGCAGCUGGACUCACCAGCAGCGAGAGCCCCAGCCCAGCCUCUCCUUCACGACAUGGACAUCGCAGAGAGGGCUGACAGCCCAGGCCUUGCAUGACACAGCCCCUCACCAUCCGCCGCCUCCCUGGAGCAUGCGGUCGACUUGCUUGUCUCGGCAGCCUUGCAGCCGGCCGGGGAUAUGAGCAGGAGAGCCCUCUGACACUGCCCCAGGCGGAUGGUGCUGCAGAGGAGCUCAGCGUGGCUGCGCCGCAGGGGCCGUUGCCACACGUGCUCAGUUCAACGCCCCUGCCAAGCAGAGACCAGCAGCAAACGGCGCCACGUGCCAAAGGUGCAGCCGUGGCACCUCAGCAAGGACCUGCUCCCCCUGCUCAUGGCGGCGAGCGUGCCAGCUUUCCUGGGCAGGCACAGAAGGCCAGGGCUAGGACGGUCCCCACAGCAACAGUUUUUAAAUGAGUGGGAGGAAGCAGCAGGAACCAGAGCCACAGCAGCACCGGGGGAAGCACAGGAGGAAGCAGGGCAGCAGGAGGUGGACAGAGACCUGCCAGAACAGCAGCAGCUGGAGGAAUCUGCCUCUGUCCACACGAUCUGGGUCCGGCCAAGCUGCCAGAGGCUCGUGCCGUGGAGACACCUGCGCGACAGCGAGGCCACAGACGCUGACGGAGAAGCAGAUGGCAACCCGCAGAGCGCGCCUCUCCCCCAGGCAGUGGCCGCAGGAGCCGAGGCAGAAGAUCCACCCUUGGCCGGAGGCUCUCAGCAAGAGGGGACCAGCAUGCUCCUCCACACGUCAGGCUCCUCAGAAGGAGGACCAGCAGCUUCGCCCUCGCAUGGAGGCUGUCCACACCAGGGGAUGGCACUCACCUGUGGGAUUUUGCUCUCCCCCUGCAUGUUCCCUCUGAGCACAAAGACGAGGCAAAUUCCUCCUCCUCCAGAGACUCCCCAGAGGGUGACCCAGCCACCGCCGCCCUCCCACACCCACUGGCUCCCAGGCCCUCGCUCCUCGAGACGCCACUUCGGGCUCUGCGCAGAGCCUUCACCUGCAGCUGUCUCACGGGGCAGCGAGAGCGAUGGGGCCGGGAGGCGAGUGCUGGCGGCUCCGCUGACAUUGCGGCUGGUCCUGUGGACGCAGAGUACAAGGAGGGAGAACAACGUGGAUGCACGCCACCACACCGGAGGCAUUCGGCUCGCACCACAGCACAUGCUACUUCCUGCACGCAGGAAGGAGGAGGACCUGCCAGCCAAGUCGUGCAGCUAGAGCCAUGCUCUGUCCCGGGGGUGACACAAAUACUGCCUCCAGCCAUUUGAGAGACCCAACAAUGCUGCCAGACACAGGGGCCUUCAAGGACAAACAUGCCACACACCGGGACGUGCGCGCAAACACUCUUUAGGCUAUGGCCAAUUUGUGCUUGCAAUAAAAGCUGGGGGAGCUGUUUCCCCUGUUA